UCGAGUUGACUGAAAAGAAAGAGACGUUUCCGCUACACAGCCUCUGCGGGUGCUCACUUCUCCUACGGAACGCGAACACAUCGUUAAUGGAGGCUGAAGUUAUGCAGAAGAAACUUUUGCAAAGUCGCUGAAGGAGCAGGGACGUGGACGUUAGGGGGGUCACCACCACAGCAGCUCUCUCUCUCCCCGGGGCAUGCGACCUCUACCCGGCUCUACCCCGAGGCAGCGACCGACACCAUGGCACCCUGCGGAAGAAGGACCCGACCCAAGCUCCUCGCCCUCCUCCUCCUCGGUGCCACUUUAAUGGGCUACCUCAUGUUAUCCAGACCCGACUCCGGGGAGGUGGGCGACCCCAUGCGACGAGGGGCCCCCGUGGUGGAGGGGAAGGAGGAGAAGAAGGAGGUGGUGGUGGAGGAGUUGCGGCUGGGGGAUGAGGAGCUGAAGAAGCCCGUGUACGAGAAGCCUCCGCUGGACAUGGACGCCCCGGGGGAGAUGGGCAGAGCUGUCAAACUGAACCUGGACAAAGAGGAGAAGAGACAAGAGGAGGAGAGUCUGAAGAAUCACCAGAUCAACAUUUAUGUCAGUGAUAGAGUGUCACUGCACCGCAGGGUGCCGGAGAUAUGGAACCCACUGUGCGGUGACCUGAAGUAUGAUUACCGCACCCUGCCCACGACCUCGGUGGUGAUCGCCUUCUACAACGAGGCCUGGUCCACGCUGCUGAGGACAGUCCACAGCGUGCUGGAGACCUCCCCCGACAUCCUGCUGAAAGAGCUGGUGCUGGUGGACGACUACAGCGAGAAAGCUCACCUGAAGGCGCCGUUGGAAAAGUACAUCUCAGGUUUGAAGAAGGUGCGUCUGAUCCGCGCCACCAAGAGGGAGGGGCUGGUGCGAGCCCGGUUGCUAGGGGCAUCCAUUACCACGGGUGAUGUGCUCACCUACCUGGACUGCCACUGCGAGUGUCACGUGGGCUGGUUAGAGCCUCUGCUCCAAAGGAUCAAAGACGAGCCGUCGGCUGUGGUGUGUCCUGUCAUUGACGUGAUCGACUUUAACAACUUCCAGUAUCUUGGCAACGCCGGCGAACCUCAGAUUGGGGGGUUUGAUUGGCGGUUGGUCUUCACCUGGCACACUGUCCCAGAGUAUGAGCAGAAACGCCGGAGCUCACCCACUGAUGUCAUCAGGUCUCCAACAAUGGCAGGCGGUCUGUUUGCUGUGAGCAGGAAGUACUUCCAAUACCUGGGAACGUAUGACACAGGGAUGGAGGUGUGGGGAGGAGAGAACCUGGAGUUUUCCUUCAGGAUUUGGCAGUGCGGUGGAACCCUGGAGGUCCACCCGUGCUCCCACGUGGGCCACGUGUUCCCUAAAAGGGCCCCGUACUCACGGAGCAAAGCUCUGGCAAACAGUGUGAGAGCUGCCGAGGUCUGGCUGGACAAUUUCAAAGAAAUCUACUACCACCGCAGCCCCCACGCCCGCCUGGAGGCCUAUGGCGACGUGACCGAGCGGCGGAUGCUCAGAGAGAGGCUUGGCUGUAAGAACUUCAGGUGGUAUCUGGAAAACGUUUACCCCGAUAUUAACCUCCCAGAGGAUCGACCAGGCAUGUUUGGAAUGCUUAAAAACCGAGGCAAGACGAACUACUGCUUUGACUACAAUCCAAUAGAUGAAAACGCCGUGGUGGGCCAGAGAGUCAUCAUCUACCAGUGUCACGGCAUGGGUCAGAACCAGUUCUUUGAAAUGUCCGAAGCUGGCGAGAUCCGCUACAACACCAGGGAGCCCGCUGGAUGCGUCGAAGGGGACAACAUCAGCACCUACCUGAAUCUCAAGCUGUGCAGAAAACGAGGCCAACCGCUUCCUGUAGAUCAGAAAUUCGUCCUCCGAGAGGACGGGAGUCUGUACCACGAGGCGAGCAAGAAGUGCGUGCAGGCGCUCGACAAGACGGACAACGGGAAACCGGCGCCGUCGCUGCAGCCCUGCUCGGGCAGCCCACACCAGCAGUGGUUCUUUGAGGAGAAAAUCUAAUGUGACGGCAUGUACCCUGAAUCGAAAGUACAAACAUUGCCAUUCAGAGCCAAUAUCCUGCGGAGGGAUAUCAGUGGAGUGAAUUACUGAAUGUUUUCCUCGUAUGUGUGCCUUGCCCUGUAAGGAGCCUAAAGGAGGAAGCAUCGGAGCUUCCUUCAAACAUCAACCUCUGCAUAUUUUUCUGCCGGCUGGAUUGAACUGGUGCUUGGGAAAUUAUUUUGAUACUUUUAAGUACUUUCCUUUCCGUAGCACUUUGUAAAUGUAUAUAUGGGAAUAUUUGUUUUCUUGGAUGCUGUUGCUGGGAGACAGGAGUCUACUGGAAUAUGAGUUUUACAUUUUUUUGUCAAUGGGAUGCUUGAGAGUCGGUGAUAAGCUGUGACACCACAGAAUGACUUUAAUUUAGCAGACAUGGACAAACACUGUGCUUCCAUCAGAAAGAAACAAAAUCGCUUAAUACCUCUGUCCUCACACCCGGUGGCUGGCAUUACAGGGAUUUUUCUGAGUCGGCAUCCUGAGGCAUCUUCUCCUGUAGAGGGGGCCAAUGCACUUUGCUGCACUUUCCUCUCGCCCUGCUGUCCUUUUCUAUUUGUCAAGAGAAAAGUGGGACAAAUCUUCAGGUAUUUGAGGAACCUUUUCAGGACAUAUUGAGUGCUUGCUCCUCUUCCAUACAGGUGGCGUACAGAAGCAUUAUGCAAGUGCUUAAACUCUUACACUUAACACCGAACUACUGAUAACAGGAGAAACUCAAUUCUUCCUCUUUUCUGCUUCUGCUGAGGUGUUCUUGAAAUGCAAAUCUCUACUGAGGGGAAAAGGACAUGGGUCGUCGGUCAGACUUUUGUAGUCACUCGUUUUAAAGAGAGGGUACUUGCUUCUGCAGCUUCAAAAUUCACAGCCAUAUUUUAGGGAUUUAAUACAUGUGGUGUCAAUUAUGUUUUAAAUAAUGUAUUUUGUAGCUUCGCUGCAGACAAUUCUCGACUUUAGUGAUGAAUACGUGGGAAGAUUUUAAUUUAAUACUGCUGAGUGCAGAUGCUGUUCAUCCUCAUCCUUCUUGUCCACUUGGAGCCCAUUGAAAUUGAUGUUAAAAGCUUAUAAUUCGAUUUUAAGACAUUCCUCCAGUUGAAUAGCUCCUGAGCUGAAUGUAUUAUUUUGUCACGCGAUGAGACAAAAGUUGUGACUUUCAACGCAUUCCCUCGAGCAAAUCCAAAUGACUCUGGUGCUGAUUCGCGCUUGCAGACUGCGUUUCCAUUCAUCAGAAUUAGACAACUAUAGAUCCCUCGGUUGGGAGCUGCGGUCACUCCAGCGACUGUCCCACAGGCCGUGCAGAGGGAAUAAGGGAAACGCAGCGGAGGGGUAGACGGUCGUCGGCGGCGUCUCCAGAGUGCUGGGACGGCAGAUGGCUUUCUGAUUGAUUUUCUGGUCCUCUCCCAAUUCUUUAUCACCACCUCUCCCUCUCGCUGUCGGAGGUGUGCGGCGCAGGACUUAUCUU